UGGAGAGCGCUUCGUCUACCUUGGGAUAUCUGGACCACUCCAGAACUACAUUCAGCGACCUUAUCGACCUGGCUCGGGUAUGCCCGGAGCACUAGGCAGAGGUCAAUCAGUUGGUGUCGCUUUAGGAGACUUUUUCAAGUUUUGGUCGUACUUCUGCGUCUUUGGUGGAGCCAUUGUAGCCGAUCAGUACCUUGGCAAAUUUCGCACGAUUCUUGCGGCUUCACCCAUCUACAUAUCUGGACUGAUCAUACUGGUCGUCACAUCUGCUCCAUUCGCCAUCACGGCAAAUGCAUCGAUGGGUGGCCUUGUCACUGCGAUGGUCCUGAUUGGGAUCGGCACAGGAGGACUCAAAGCCUGCAUCGCUCCUCUUUGUGGGGAACAGACCACCAAUGAAGAAAAGCAUCUCAAGAUCUUGAAGUCAGGCGAGGUUGUAGUAGUUGAUCCUGCUCUGACUACCGCUCGAGUCUUCAUGUGGUACUACUGGGCUGCCAACAUUGGCGGCUUAUCGACAUUGAUGACAGUCGCCAUUGAAAAGGAAUCGUCAUUCUGGUUGGCCUAUCUGUUGCCCCUACUCCGAAAAAUCAACAAAACUGGGCCGAGCGGGUCACCAGUCGUCGAUGCAUUCAAGACCGUCAUGAUUGGUAUGAAAGAAGGUGGCUUGGACAAGGCCAAACCCUCUGCUUUGGAAGCAGUUGGACAUCUUGGGCGACACAAGAUUGCCAGCGAAUCCAGAUACACCGAUCUGUAUGUGAGCCAGAUCAAGAGUGGACUCGGUGCAUGCAAGGUGAGAGAUUUUACGGCCGUCGGCCGUAGCUACCAUUUACUGACAAUACGCAGCUANUUCUUACUGCUACCCUUCUACUUCCUCUGCUGGACACAGAUUUUCAACAAUCUGAUCUCGCAAGCUGGUUCCAUGAAGCUGGGUAGUACACCGAACGAUAUGAUGCAGAAUCUCGAGACUAUAUUCACCCUCACCUUGAUCCCUACUUUAGAUUUGAUCGUUUAUCCAGUGCUUCGCAAGUUUGGCAUCCAGUUCCCUCCCAUGAGACGUAUUUUCGUUGGGUUCAUGUGCUCGUCCCUGGCCAUGUUGUGGGCAUGCAUUCUGCAGUACUACAUUUACAAGAGCCCGCCCAACAGCAUCGAUGUCUGGAUUCAGGCGCCUGCAUAUGUGUUCGGAGCACUGUCCGAGAUCUUCGUUAUCAUCACAGGACUCGAAGUGGCAUUCCUGAAAGCACCUGCUAAUCUGCGCGUUCUUGUAUCUUCCAUUUUCUGGAUGGCUAUUGCUGCAGGAGCUGCACUUGGAAUCGCACUCUCACCUGUGUCAAAAGAUCCUCACAUGGUCUGGACAUACGCAGGCUUGUCCAGUGGAGUGUUCCUUGCAGGCUGUGCUGUACUUGUCUGCUUCAGGCAUUCUAUCAGAGGUGAAGUGCCUGUGGUCGUCGGUGUCGAAGGACAAGAUCUUUCCAAUACAACAGCGGAGCUGGCGGGCAAGGAUGGCACGGACGCUCUAGCAGCGAAGGCAUGA